AUGGGUAUCGGAAAGACCGGCACCGAGUUCGCGGCUCCUGAGGCGAGCCGAGUCUUUGCAAAAUCUCGAAAUGGCAAGCUGCCGAUCGUCGACAAGGACCUCAACCUCAUCUCUAUGAUCUCCCGAUCCGACCUGGCGAAGGAACUGGCUUUUUCACCGGCGGAGCAAGCUGCCAGCCCUGUUCACAGUCAGGCCAUGAAGCCCUUGUCAAGACUGGGGAAUAUCUACGGGGACAGAGCGAAGGCGCCGGCAUCUGGGAAGACGAUGAUGAGCGUCGCUUCUACGAAAAUCUGGUAG